ACAUGGAGGGAAAAAUUACCUUCGAUAUUUCUGUAUAAAUACCCCACAGUCGAUGAGCAUAAUCACCAGUCACUUCUGUUCUGUUCAUUUGAUUAAAUCAAUUAAUCCAAACAACACACCAAAAAUGGCCGCUAAGAUGAUCAUAUUCGCUGCCUGUGUGGCCACCACACUCGCCCAAUACGCCGCCCCGGCUUACCCAUCCCAUCACGCCGCACCCGCUUACUCGGCGCCCGCUUACUCCGCACCGAAGGCAUACGCCCCGGAACCCACAUACGCCCCAAAACCUUACAGCUUCGAAUACAGCGUAAACGACCCACACACCUACGAUGUGCACAGCCAAUCUGAGCACAGCGACGGAUACGGCAACGUCAAAGGAACUUACAGCCUUUUGGAAGCCGACGGUUCCACCCGCGUCGUCGACUACACCGCUGACUCUUACGGUUUCAACGCUGAAGUCAAGAAAAUCGAAGGACACGGACAAGGAUACAGCGCACCAGCCUACAAAUCCGCCCCAGCCUACAAAUCCGCCCCAGCCUACAAGCCCGCUUACUCCGCACCAGCUUACUCUGCACCAGCUUACUCCGCACCAGCUUACUCCGCACCAGCUUACUCCGCACCAGCCUACAAGCCCGCUUACUCCGCCCCAGCUUACGCUGCACCAGCUCACUCUUACUCCGCCCCAGCCUACGCUGCACCAGCUCACUCUUACUAAGCACCAGCCAACGCUAAACCAUCAACAUCUAACUAUAAAUGGUUACUUUAAUCAUUUUAUUAGUUAAUUUGACUCUCUCAUCACCCGAACAUGUUUAAUUUAUUCAAUUGUUAAAUUAUUUGUCAAAUAAAUAUUAAAUUAUUUAUUUGAUUUAUAUUACAAA